UCGAGACGCUUGCUCUCGGUCUGAACCCUGGAUUAUUUGCUACGAAACACUACGCACUUUGCUGGUGUUACAUAUGCAAGAGUGCCCGCGAAAUCAAAACCAUAUAUAAAGCGAUAGAUUGAUGGCUUGCAUCAAGAGGGCGUGCUGCAGGGGGAUUUGGGCAAGGGCCCACCAAAUGAGACUUACUAGUACUAUGUCUCGUGUGUACGGUCAAAGCUUUACAAAGUGUUGGGAAGACAGAAUGGAGCCAGUAGGCAGCAAGCCUGACACUGAGUGUGUCAGAUAUAAGGAAAAUCACGAACACAUGAGUUCCUUGGUUACACAGUUAAAGAGAGAGGUCAGGAAGAUCACCAAAGGUGGAAACGUGACGUCACGGGUCAGCAGUUUGCUACCGAGAGAGCGCAUAGAUCAGUUGCUGGAUCCCGGGUCUCCGUUUCUGGAAUUUUCGCAACUUGCUGGUUAUAACUUGUAUGGUACAGAACAGCUGCCCGCCGGAGGAAUAAUCACAGGCAUUGGGAUCGUGUCAGGACUGAAAUGCUUGGUCGUCGCCAAUGACUACACAGUUAAGGCAGGAGCUUUCUAUCCCAUUACUGUAAAGAAACUCUUGCGGGCUCAAGACAUAGCACGAGAGAACCGCUUACCUUGUGUAUACUUACUCCAUUCUGGUGGUAUCAAUCUACAACGCCAGGGAGAUGUUUAUCCAGACGGCCAGCACUUCGGUAAAAUAUUCUACAACCAAGCAUUAAUGUCUGCCCAAGGUAUUCCGCAGGUGGCGGUGGUGAUGGGCAAUUGCACUGGCGGCAGUUCCAUCAUGGCGGCAAUGUCAGACGAGAAUAUAGUAGUCAAAGGACAAACUUCAUAUCUAGCAGGUCCAAGUUUGGUGGAAUCCGUCAUUGGUGAGAAAGUCUCAGCUGAAGAUCUAGGAGGGGCGGAGAUCAUGUGUCGAUACUCAGGCGUAGCUGACUAUUUUGCAGAAGAUGAUCUACAUGCACUUCAUAGGGUUCGGAGGAUUAUACGAAACCUCAAUUUCACGACAAAUCCUCAGGUCGCGCUGACAAAACCGGAGCCACCACUGCAUUCUGCGCAAGAACUGUAUGGCAUAGUUGAAGCGGACAACAAGAAGAUGUAUGACGCGAGAGAAGUGAUAGCUAGGAUAGUGGAUGGAAGCAGAUUUGAUGAAUUCAAAGCAAUGUACGGCGACACUCUUGUGUGUGGGUUUGCUAGACUCUGGGGAUUUCCCGUGGGUAUUCUUGGAAACAACGGGGUGCUUUUCUCGGAAUCUGCCCUCAAGGGAGCUCAUUUUAUACAGCUAUGUUGUCAGAGAAGGAUUCCGUUGACGUUUCUUCAAAACAUUACAGGUUUUAUGGUUGGCCAGGAAGCAGAAGCACAAGGGAUUUCAAAACAUGGCGCCAAAAUGCUGACAGCCGUGGCGUUUGCAAGCGUGCCAAAAUUGUCUGUAAUUAUAGGGGGCGCUUAUGGUGCUGGCAAUUACGCUAUGUGUGGAAGAGCGUAUGGACCCAGAUUUGUUUACGCGUGGCCCAAUUCGAGAUUGUCCGCCAUGGGUGGAGAACAGGCUGCCAGCGUUUUAGCACAGAUAGCAAAGGAGCAGAAAUUAAGACGCGGGGAAGAGCUGACACUGGAGGAGGAACAAGCUAUCAAAGAUCCGAUUUUAAAGAAAUAUGAAGUUGAAGGCAGUCCAUAUUACGCCAGCUCCAGGUUGUGGGAUGACGGUGUGAUUGAUCCUGUGGAUACCAGGAAUGUCCUUGGACUGAGUCUCAGCGCAGCUCUUCAGGCAGAGCAAGCAAACACGAGAUUUGGAAUUUUCAGAAUGUGAGAUCGAAAAUAUGACGACAUCUUGUCAAGUGAAAUAAGGGAUACUCGGUUGUUAAC